GCCUCCGCGCUCCAAAGUUCAGAAGGAUAAAGUCUAGUUGGAGUGACAAGCGGCUGUCAGCCUCCUCUCUGUCUGCGUGUAGAGCUGAGAGUAUCAGAGUAAAGUGACAGUAAGUUGAACGGAGCGUCCGUGUAGAGUUGGUCGAUCUGCUACUUUGUUUUUUUGUUUUUUUUUUGCGCUCAACAUCAAGACAGCGAUGGCAGGGGGGUUACCCUGUGGGACAUCACCGAGGAGAAGCAAGUUCAUGCUUUGGCUUUGCGCUCUUCUGUUUUCCAUAGCUGGAGCUGCAGGUGAGACGUCUCAUGCCCACCACACGAUGAGUCUUUCUGCCCCGCACAUGUACUACACCUGUCCCGAGGGUGCGACUGUCAAACUGGUGUGCACCCUGAGGGGCAGUCCAGCUCACCCGACUGAUCACCUGGGGCGCAACUGGCUCUUCACGGCCCAGAGCGAUCGCCACUGUUCGGGAAGGGAGGGCCCACGCCAUACUACCAUCGGCCAUCACCAUGGCAACUACAGCUUUCAAACCGGAGUUUCAGAGCACAGCAUCUGGUUGGUUCUGCCGAACGUGACCCUCGCUGACCAGGGUCGCUACUGCUGUGUGGUCCUGGAUUACACGGUGGAGAAAAAACACACCGACGUGUUGCAGAAAUCCCACAGCCAUAUCAUUCUCCACAUUACACCACGGAGAAACGGAUCUCAAGAUUGCACUGUCUGGGAACCAACAACAUCUGAAGGUAUGUCACCUUGUUCAAGGCUUCAUAGCCAGUGGAUGACUGGACAUUUAUUCUGUUUAACUCUGAGUCUCUGUGUUGCUUCUCCAGGCUCUGUGCCAGUGGCUUUGGCCAUAGCAGCCUGCAUCUUGGCUCUGCUCUCUCUGCCUCUCAUUCUGGUGCUUGUGUACAAACAGAGGGAGAACGCCCACUCGAACAGACGUGCACAAGAGCUGGUGAGGAUGGACAGUGAGGCUCUUGGCCAUGAGAACCCAGUGUUUCUUGGGGGAUCGCCGCAGAUUAAGACCCGUACCGUGUCUCAGAUCAUGACCAGACAGCACUCUGAGACAGGACGCCACCUGUUGUCCGAGCCAGGAACCCCCCUCUCUCCUCCUGGACAUGGGGACGUAUUCUUCCCCAUAGAAGACACCAUCCCUGAGUCUCCAGACUUCCUGCAGGUUUAAAGUGAGCUGAAACCUCAUUCAUCGCUAUUAACUGCUGACCUGGAAACAGUCCUGCAACUCUCUUCCUCUUCUCUCUGCCUUCAGAGCAGUGUUGCUCUUAUGAGCUGUCUCACAAUAACCUCUGCUGGGAUUGUCAUCUGUACAUUGUCUGGACCGCAGGAGGGAAUGGGCUAUUUCCACCUGCAACAACAGCUGGAGGCCAAAAGUGAACUUUUGCUUGCGAGCACUUGUGCUGUGGCGGGGGGCUGGGUUCGUGUGUGACGUCCCAUCUAAAGAGCUCGUGGGCCGACAGACGCCUUAGUGUGGUGGGGCCCGCUGCUCGAGACGAACCCAGAGUGCUGAGGCGGGGGGUCCUGCGACAUGCAGGGCUGGCCAGUUGAGAGUCAUCUGUGGACUCCCCCACAUCUAAGUUGUUAGGUGCAGUUCAAACUUGCGUCCUACUCUGUGUAAUUUGCAGGUUUGUCAUUGAAAAAUAAGAAUAUAGCGACCACACAGUGAGAGCACCCCCCCCAUCACAUUUACGUCUGUACGUUGAAUCAUUUUCUGAUCUGAACAAAACUUCUGACAGCGACCAAAGGCUCUCUCUCAUCCCUGUGCUCUGAUAGCAUCAUACCAAAGAGGACUCAAUCGUCAGAUAAGUCUCAGCAUUGUUGUACAAGUUGACAGUAAUUCGUUUUUUAUGGCAUUACACUGUUCCCCUGUAUCAUCUCCACUUGGCCUUUGCUUCUUUUUUCUUCCCUCUUUGCUACCUCAGUUACUGUCAGCUCUGUUGCUCUAAAUACUUUCCUUCCUUCCUGUACUCUCAGAGAUACAGCACUUCUCAGUGGCCUUUAACAUAUUCAUUAAGUGCUGAACAUUUCAGUAAGUACAGUAUUUAGAAAAAAAAAUGUUUGGUGAUAUUCAUUCAUGUUUGUGUAAAGUUUAUUGUUUUUCUCUUGAAUGUAGCCUUAUAGACUUUUAAUAACAAAAAAUACCACCGAACCACCAUUGUUUUUUAUCACUGCCAUCACGAUGCUGUUUGUGAAUACUUUUGUAUUUUUUUGAUGGGAAUUCCUAUUUUCUGUGUGCAAUGGGACUUUGAAAUGAUAACUAAAGAUUAAUCAUAUCAAGGAGGAUUUUAAAGAGGAUAAGAAGUGAUUGCAAAUGAUGGCAAUGUUGAUAUCAUUUAGUCUGUGAGUGAUUGUGUGAAACCACUGGUGGUUUUCUUGUAUCGAGGUAAAAUGUGCAGCAGGUGCCUAAAACGGAAAUCAUCUCCUAUUGAUGUGUAGCAGGUGUACAGUAUGUAACAGGGUAUAAUGUGUUUGUAUGUUUAUUUUUUACUCUCUUUUUUGAGGAUUUGAAUACUUAGAUGAGUAGUCAGUGUUUUGAGUAUUUGUGUUUUGAAAUGUGCCUGUGUGUGUGUGUGUGUGUGUGUGUGAGAGAGAGAGUGUGUGUUUGGGUGUAUGUUCAUUUAAAUCGGGGAUUACAAUUUCAAAAAUAACUUGUGGUUUGGUUUAAAUGCAUGUGCGCGUGUCUGUGUGUGUGUGUGUGUGCAGGCAUAUUUGCAUGCAAUUUUGCAGUUUCUGUUUGUGUUUCAUACUGUAAAAAGCUUGUAUUAGACACACACAGAUCAGUGCUGUGUUAGCAUUGUUUGCUCUGUAUAUUGCAUUUAAAUUGUCCUGGUUGUAGCUUGUUUAAUAAAAUGGAGCUCUUAAGCUUUAAAACUUG